UGUGUAUUAUUCUGAGUAGCGCAGUGUGUGUCUCCACGCUCGACCAGGAAGACACAGUUACCCUUGUUGGCGGACAAGAGAAGUUCGAGAGACGACAAAUUUCAUCCCCUUGCCCACGAGAAAUCAUCCGCCACCAUGUCGUCAGAGACGGAGAGCAGCAUCGACUGUCUGGACAGCAGUCUCGUCUACCUUAAAAUUGGUGAAAGCACUCUGGAGGAACUUGCUCACUCGCUUAUCAAGUGUACAGAAAAUGAUGAGUUUUGUAGCGCUGACUACCAGCAGCAGCAACAGGACAACAGUCAGAUUAACGGUGACUUAGAGAAAAAUGAAUGUGCUGAGCUAGGAGGAAACGGCAGUCAGCUGGAUAAUUCAACGACGUCCCUGAAAGUGACGCAGGGUCCUUCAGCUACGUCACAGUUGCCCCUCGACGCAAACUUCAACUACACUUGUGCUGGAAAGAACGUUAACACUAUCAAGCACACGUACACUGGAAAAAUGAUCCCCCAGGCCAACGCUUACGUAUAUGAUGGGAAUAAGGUGAACGCGGACGCAAACACCUAUACAUGUGCUGGAAAGACCCUUCUCAACACUGAGGUCAACAACAACAAUGCUAGAUGCGAGAAGUGCGACACCAGGAACAAUAAUAGCACAGACAUCCUCACGGCCACCAAUAACACUAACGAACAGUUUAACGAAAUCUCUACAAGCAUGAGAGAUUCUUCGAAAAGUAAGCAGAACUGCGAUGCUAACGAGGCCAGCAGCAGCAACUUGAACAAGGUGUGGUCGCCGUCUACGCAGGACCUGAGUCGUACCGUGGACAAGAUCCUGAGAACCUGCGGGGGAUUAGGUGAGGGGCAACGCAAAUAUGACCUCUCCUACAUGGGAGUGUCAGAAGCCCUCGGGGAAAUGUUGCUUCAACACGGAGAGUUCCCUGCCACUCCCCUCGUUACUCCCACCCCGAGGUACCGCAGCACACCACUGGAUACAGCACAAGCCAAGAGAGAGACGGCGGUAGACUUCAAGAACGGUACAAUCUUCGGUUCGUCACUCUCCUCUUCUCAGAGCCUUCAAUAUAAACCUCACUUGCAGGAGUUAGGGGAGGUGACGUUCUCCCUGGCGCCAGGCGGAGACCAUCUCUCCUCAGCACCACACAUGAUGACAACACCUGAGGAGCCGUUCACCGGCGCUACACCCAGGCUUAACCUCGGCUGCCAGCAAACUCCACCAGGAUCUCUUCCGUCCAUCAUGUCCUGGGGUGGUAGCGAGGCUGAGGGGGCGUGGCCAGCCAUAUCACCUUUCUUCUCCUCGCUGGGUUCUGUCUCCCUAGCCACCUCCAACACCCACAGUGAAGCACCAUCCUUUCCCCUUCCCCAGAUGAACGAGAUCCCACACGGGAAAAGACAGGAGAUGUUCUCUACACAGUACCAGGACUGGCCAGAGGCAAGAACCACUCGUCACUCCUACCUUGCUCAGCACCACUCUGUACUCUCCCAGUACAACCCUAGUCAAGCCCAGCACCACACUUCUUACCCCCAGCAACACACUUCUUCAUCUCAGCACUACCACCUCCAGGCCCAGCGCCAUCCCCAAACAGUUUACCAGACACUCUGUACAGACAAGGCGGUGGUGGGCGGGAUGGCCCCAGGUGCAGCAGCCAGCGGUGUCUCCCCCAGGAGAGCUCUGAUCCAAGACGUGGUGUUGAGGGAGUCGACCAGGGCGUUCCGCUCCCACCCUCUCUUUCCCUUGCUGAAGGACCUCGCAGUUACUGACUACUACUUCGAUAAGGCCAAUUUCAACGUUGCGCCGCUGCUGUCCUUCCUGCCUCCUUCCACGGAGGACCUGGUGACUCUCUACUUGCGCAGGAACCCCGAGGCCGCUCAAGCCUACCAGAAUAAACACGCCUCCCCGCGCACACAAACUAUUGACGCUGUAAUAUUCGACGCUGUAACAUAUGCUCACGCUUCACUAAUGAAGCGAGUAGUGACUCAGGUGACGAAGCUGAGUGAGGUGAUGGAGGCGGAGCCAGCAGAAGUAGAGGAGGCGGUGGAGGACUUGUGUCAGCGGUACAUAGAGGUGGUGCGUUCCUCCACUCCUCUGCAUUUGAUACAUGCCUUCGACACCAGCUCUCAAGCCUCGCCGCAACAACAACAAUCUGCAUCACAAUGUGCAGCGAGCGUGGAAGUCGGUGAGGCGGAGAGAGGAGUGCGGGAGCCAUUUCAGCAGCUGGAGCACUUGCUGGCACCUUUCUCACCCAUUCCUCACUCCUGCAACACACAGGACUCGUCAGAGACUCGGAGGAGGAGGAGCUGUCAUUCUCGAGAGGUUUAUCAAAUGUUGUCAUCGUGGCUGUUCGACCACCACCAUCACCCGUACCCUGACGACGACCAGAAGGUGUUCUUGAUGCAACAGACAGGGUUGUCUGCACAGCAGAUCAAUCAGUGGUUCAUCAACGCCCGCAGACGUCUGCUGCCUCGUCUGAAGGCUGAGCAAGGCAAAGAGUAAAGAUUCGAAGGGUUGAAUAAAUUAAGAUCAUUAGUAGACGAAGAAAACGGAAAAGCUUUGUUGGGAAGGAGAAAUGUCUCAAGUUACAAGGUCGAAAAGAUGGAUGAAAUUUAUAAUGUUCAUAAAGUCAACAGAGAUCUUGAUGUAAAAGUUCAGCCAAAGGUAGUUGCAUAAUCUGUAAAAAAAACAUUAUGUAAGAUGCAUUCAAAGCAGUUUUGAAAAGUUCCUCAGCACUGCUUACUAUUUAAUAUUACAGUAUUUUAGGAAAUAUAGAAAAUCCCAGUCCAGAGAUAUAACAAAAGCAUAUCCUAACCUGGCUUAAUUUUUAGCUAAUAUUUUAAAAACUCGUACCAGUGACCAUGGAAAAAUUUGCCACCCACACGAGAGCUAAUGUAAUUAAUGUAAUCUUCAUAACUGGUGGUGCCAAUGCACAAUGAAAUGUAUUCUCUAGAUGUACAAAAUUUCCUUAAUAAACCUUCAUAUUAUUUUUUUUGAACAUUAUCGUGUACCAGGUUACAUGACUCGUUUAAAGCGAUCUCCGGUUUUAUAUGUAUUGCAUUUUGGGUAAAUAAAACGGUUAUAAGAGU